AGAGUGUUGAAGGGCGGAUGAGAAAACUACCCUUUGUUUAUAAUUUACAGGAGAAAAUAUUUCAGCAGAGAAACAUCAGCAACCAGUAAAACAAGAAUUCAAAUUAAUUAUUCAGAAACAAUCUUCAAUCCUAAAGAUCAAUUAAACUUAAUCAAUCAUGCAGAAGUUUGAUCAAUUAUUUGAAAUUCUGAUCAAUUUAUCAGAAUUCUAACCGAUACUGCAAUAUUUUAAACACUAAUCGUCUAAAUAAAACAGAUCAACUGAAAUAAAAAACGAAUCUGAAGUAAAAGUUACGCUCUGAUCAAUUAAUCAGUAUCUUGAUCAAUUCUAAAUCACACAGAUCAAUUUUUAUUCAAACAAAUCAGCCUAAUAGAAGUAAAUGUCAUUCCUAACACUGAAAAACUUUUUACAAAAGUUUCUAGGUCUAGAACUGAAAUGUAAAAUAAGUCAUAAUACUGUAACCUUUUCUAUCAUCGAAAUAUGUUGGUUUCUAAGAUAUUGUUCAUUAUAUAUUGUAAUUUAUUUGAAUUCUGUUGUAUGAUGCAAGCGUCAAGAAAAUCAGCAGAAUUGAAAUAUUGUAUCUAAAUUGGUAAAGUGAGGAAGUGUUGUCCUAAGAUUCAUGUAUUAAAUUGCAUUUGAAGUAAAAAAAUUGUAAAAUGUAAAAUGUUUGAUUUUUCAGAUUUUAUGUUUUUCCAUGGAUAACAGAACAAACUUUGUAAAGGUCGAGAACCUUGCUGUCGGGUUGACCGGGGAUCAGCUGUUCAAGUUAUUUGAACCAUACGGAGAUAUUCUAGAGAUCACAGCAUUAAGUCCAACUAGUGUUGUUGUUACUUAUAUGAGAAGAAGCUCUGUAGACAGCUGUGUGAUGUUGACCAACAAUCAACCGGUUAUAGGCAACAGUCGUCUUAGAGUAGAAAGUUUUUAUCCUAAACAAGAUCCAAGUUUCAACUCUAGUUCUGUACUUCAGGGUCUUGGAAGAAAUAUUGGAAUAAAUGAGUUCAAUUACGACCCAAGUAGUUUUGUUCCCUGGCAGGGUGAGACCUCCAACUGUAAACCUGCUGUGGCUCAACCCAGUGGGGCAUCUACAGCUACUUCCAGUUUAUCAGCUGCUCAAAUUAGAAAUAUUGUGAUUGGUGGACCUUACUCAAACCUACUAGGCACCUACUGUACACCUUGGACCAUUCCAAGUCCUGGGGAAGAUAUACCUGAUUGCUCAAUAUGUCUUGAUGUGCUUGGACAGCGAAGUUCUUACAACAUAUAUUCAGACCAGCUUCGUUCUCUUACUCUUGUAGACUGUAAACACACUCUUCAUCAGAGUUGCGUGGAGAAGUUGAUUGCUCAAAGUCCCUCCCAGUUCCUGCAGUGUCCCGAGUGUAGGAAAAUAUAUGGAACUAGGACCGGAACUAGACCCAUCUCAGGAACCAUAUCCCAUACAGUUCUCAAUAUAUCUCUUCCUGGACAUCCCAACUCCAGGACAUUUCAGCUUACAUUUAAUUUUACAGCUGGUAUUCAGGGACCUGAGCAUCCCAACCCUGGUAAACAUUACUCGGCGUCUAAUUUCCCACGUCAGGCCUAUCUGCCUGAUAGCCCUGAAGGAUUGAAGGCACUGCAUGGAAUAUAUUUGGCUUGGGAAAAUAGACUUAUGUUUACAGUCGGCCAAUCUGUUACUACUUUGCAGGUUAUUUAUACUUUGUACAAUACAUAGUUUUGUGCUCUGCAC